AUGACCAACAAUCCUUUAUCUUCAUCAAAUUGUGACAAAUGUUACUUGGUUUCAGGUAUGGUGGAGAGGUAUGUUUAUGAAGAAACCCUUUAUGCUACAGUAAUCAGAAUAAUAGCUGGGGAUCAGCUAAGCUACCUAACAAUGCAGCACAGUCAAGCUUGUUCUCCCCUUAUUGUGUAUACAACUACCUGUGCUAUCUGUCACAGUGUCUACCACCCAUCAAGCAAAGCAGUUGCUCAUAGUUGUGGUCAUAGUUAUCAUGCUCGUUGUGGUGGAGAAGCCCCUGCCUGUGUACUCUGUACAGGCAGCAGCCAGGAGGAGCAGGCAGCUGAUCAGUCACAAGCUCCUGAUUCCAUAGAGGAACCAAGU